CAAAAUGGCGACCACGGCGCUCCGGAAGUUGUUUCUCGGAAAGGCCAAUACCUAACCCGGGAAGCGCCACUACUAGCAGGAGCUAUGAAGCUACUCCGGGCGCUGAUUUGGCUGCUGCUCCCGGUGCUGGCUCAGUGCGAGCCUAUAACGCUGACAGUCGGUGCACUGUCUGUGGUGGGCGGAGCCGUGUAUUAUGGACUGCAAUGCUACUUCCAGGAGUGCUGCUUUCAGAAUGGAGCGAUCAACAGCACAGCCCUAGAGUUGGACUUCGAUAGUAACAUCUUUGGCCAGCACCUGGCAAAGAGGGUGAUUCUUAAAGGAGUAACUGGGUUCAUGAAAAACAAGCACCCAAAGAAACCGCUAACCCUCUCCUUCCAUGGCUGGACCGGAACCGGCAAGAACUACAUCAGCCAGCUGUUGGCCAGGAACAUUUAUGGGCAUGGAACGGAGAGUCAGUUUGUGCACCAGUUUGUUGCCACGCUGCACUUCCCCCACGCUAGCCAGAUUGACAAGUAUAAGGACCAGCUCCAGGCGUGGAUAAAAGGGAAUGUAUCAAACUGUGAACGCUCCAUCUUUAUAUUUGACGAAGUGGACAAAAUGCACCCGGGACUGAUUGAUGCCAUCAAGCCCUUUCUGGAUUACUAUGAGCAACUAGAAGGGAUCUCUUACCGCAAAUGCAUAUUUAUAUUCCUCAGCAAUGCUGGAGGAGAAAUCAUCUCAAAGUUGGCUUUGGAUUUCUGGAAGAAUGGGAAAAAGAGGGAAGACAUUAAUCUCUUUGAGGUCGAGCAUCAGUUAUCACUUGCUGCAUUCAAUAACAAAGACAGCGGAUUUUGGCACAGCGGCCUGAUAGACAAGAACCUGAUUGAUUUCUUUGUGCCCUUCUUGCCCCUGGAGUUCCAACACGUGAAGAUGUGUGUGAGGGCAGAACUGCGCCAGCGAGGCUACGAGGUGGAUGAAGAGAUCGUCACUAAAGUGGCCAAGGAAAUGACCUAUUUUCCCAAGGAUGAGAAUGUGUUCUCUGUUAAGGGCUGCAAAGUUGUGUCAACAAAACUAGAAUAUUAUCUAUGAGACUUUUAUUUUGUAACUGCUUGCCUAGGAGGGGGCACAACUGAGACUCGUGGCCUUACUAUGAACGGAUUCACCCACUGUUUUUAAAGGGAUGGGUGGGGGGGGCGAAGUUGAUGUACAUACACACUGGUUUAUUUUUAUAUUUUGAGUAAUUUGGGGUGACACAUGCGCACCUUACAUGUGGAUUGUUUUGCUCUUACAAGGUAAUUUUGUUAUGCAUAUAAGUGCCAGCCUUUGUGGUCGAAUCUGUGCUGUAUCAAGUUGAUGUUCCCUCACAGUGACAAUGGAGGAUAAAGACACAAGGUUAUAUCGGCACUCGUGACAUUUCAUGCUUCAGUUUUGGUGUUCGUACUGCUGUUCACCAUGCAGACACACAAAGUACCCCUGAACUCUUACCAGAAAUCAUUUGACUUUCAUAAAGAUAUAUUUAUACUCA